UUCCUGUCUUAGAAAUCCAAUAAGUAGAGCAAGUGAAUUUAGUUAGCGAAUGAUUAAACAAGAAAAUAAAACAACAAAAAAAAUACCAUUUCCUUCGCUGGCCGAGGUAUUCGUGUCCUCCUCCAUUGCCUCCCCGUCGCCUUAUCGGCUCUUAAAAAGUUGACUCCUAUCGAUAUAAAUUAUUUCUUCAGUAGUGUAACUUUUAACCGAUCAUCAAUUAUGAGAACUCGAAGUGCCGAAAAGAAAUCUGCCGGAAAACAGCAAAUCGCUGCCGAGCCGGCGGCUGAGCCAGCUGCCGCGACGAAGCGUACUCCGCCCUCUAGGGCUAGGCAAGUUAGGGCCUCUGGAUCCACUUUCCCAUCACCGGCUGAAGAAGCAAAAGCUUCAGAUGCAGAUGGGGCUGUUCAAUCAACACCGGAAGCAAAACCUGCUUUAGGUAGGAAAACUACUCGAAGGGUUGCGAGGAAGGUGGUAAAGAAAGUUCCGGCUUCUUCUAGAACUACUCCGGAUAAGACACCUAGAUCAGAAGAUGCUGGAAUGGCAGUGCCUGAAGAUACUGUCCAAGAGAAGGUUGCGGAGGACUCAAAGGAAGAUCCUGUCAAAGAGAAAGAAGCAGCAGAAUCAAAGAAAUGUGUCAAGAAGGGAGAUGCAGAAGACUCGAAGGAAGAUCAUGUGAAGGUUGAAGAUGCACAGGAAUCAAAGAAAUCUAUCAAGGAGGAAGAGACGGAGAACUCAAAGGAAGUUCAUGACAAGGAGGAAGAUGCAGAGGACUCAAAGGAAGAUCCUGUCAAGGAGGAAGGUCUACAGGACCUAAAGGAAGAUGCUGCGAAGGAGAAAGAUACAGAGGACUUGAAGGAAGAUAUUGUCAAGGAUGAAGAUGCUGAGGUCUCAAAGGAAGAUCCUGUCAAGGAGAAAGGUCUACAGGACCUAAAGGAAGAUGCUACAAUGGAGAAAGAUGCACAGGACUUAAAGGAAGAUAUUGUCAAGGAGGAAGAUAUAGUGGAGUCAAAAGAAGAGGCUAUAAAGGAGAAAAAUGUAGAGGAGUCAAAGGAAGAUGUUGUAAUGGGGGAAGAUGCAGAGUCAGAGGAAUAUCCCGCAAAGGAGGAAGAUGCAGAGGGUUCAAAGGAAGAUGCUGUGAUGGAGAAAAAUGUAGAGGAGUCGAAGGAAGAUCUUGUCAAGGAGGAAGAUGCUGUGAUGGAGAAAAAUGUAGAGGAGUCGAAGGAAGAUCUUGUCAAGGAGGAAGAUGCUGUGAUGGAGAAAGAUGCAGAGGAGUCGAAGGAAGAUCUUGUCAAGGAGGAAGAUGCAGAGUACUCAAAGGAAUAUCCUGAGAAGGAGGACGAUGCAGAGGGUUCAAAGGAAGAUGCCAUGAAAGAGAAAGAUGCAGAGGACUUAAAGGAAAGUCCUGUCAUGGAGGAAGAUGAAGAGGACUCAAAGGAAGAUCCUGUCAAGGAGGAAGAUGCAGAGGAGUCAAAGGAAGGUCCUGUUAAGGAGAAAGAUGCAGAGGACUUAAAUGAUGCAGGACCAACGCUCAUGUAUGAGAUGGAUCCUGAGGAAAUGGAAGAAUCUUCAUAUAAUUUAGUGGGCACAGUUCAAGAUGCUGGUGAUUCUGUGAUGGAAGAUCAAAAUGGAAACAAGGAGGAACAGACAGGUGAUAUACAGGAGGAACCAGCUAAAAAUACUUUAAUGUCUCUAGAUGAAGUAAAUGUUGGCAGUGAUAUGAGAUCGUUAGAGGAAAUUUGCCACGAUGUGGGAACUUCAGAAAAUCAGGGAUCUACUACUACAUAUGUCCAAUCUCAAGAUCUGAUUAUUGGCGAUAUGAAAUCUUCAGAUAAGCAGGAACAUGUUUCUACAGAACUGAAAAUUCAGGAGGGUGAAGGAUCUAAUAAAGCAAAAGAAGGAUCGGAGUUGAUGGGAGGAAAGGACAAUAAUUCAACUCCUACUGGCGAUAAUAUAAAUGCAAACUGUGCAGAAGAUAGAAUGGAGGAAGAUACCGACAAGAAGAUGAAGGGAAAGGAUAUUUCUGUUGACGAAGCUGGUGAAGAUAAAAUAGAGGCUUUUGCUGAUCAAGAGAAUGGUGAAGAGUUUGUGGAAGAUGGUGUACCCGAGCAUUGUGAGGAAGCUGAGACACUGGAUGAUGAGCGUGCUCAACUGGCUGCCCAUGCAAAGGAACGAAUGAAGAGGAAAGAGCUGGAAGUAUUUGUUGGUGGGUUAGACCGUGAUGCUGUGGAGGAGGAUCUAAAAAGGGUGUUCCAGCAUGUUGGAGAGGUAAUUGAUGUGCGAAUGCACAGAGAGGUGUCAACGAACAAGAAUAAGGGAUACGCAUUCGUGAAGUUUGCAACUAAGGAGCAAGCAAGCCGUGCUUUGUCUGAAAUGAGAAACCCAGUUAUACGGGGAAAGCGAUGUGGCACUGCUCCAAGUGAGGACAAUGACACCUUAUUCUUAGGAAAUAUUUGCAAUACAUGGACAAAGGAAGCCGUAAGGCAAAAGCUGAAAGAUUAUGGUGUAGAAGGUGUUCAAAGCAUUAACCUGGUGGCCGAUCCGAAACAUGAAGGUUUGAGUCGUGGUUUUGCAUUUCUCGAGUUCCCUUGUCACACUGAUGCCAUGACAGCAUACAAAAUACUUCAAAGACCUGAUGUUAUUUUUGGUCACUCUGAGAGGACUGCCAAAGUAGCUUUUGCUGAACCGUUACGUGAUCCAGAUCCAGAGGUAAUGGCUCAAGUGAAGUCAGUAUUUAUCGAUGGACUCCCUCCUUAUUGGGAUGAAGAUCGCGCCCGUGAGAAAUUUAAAUGUUUUGGGGAUAUUUCAAGAAUUACGCUAGCCAGGAAUAUGUCAACGGCAAAGCGGAAGGAUUUUGGAUUUGUUGAUUUCAGCACACAUGAAGCUGCUGUUGCUUGUGUUGCGGGCAUAAAUAACACAGAGCUGGGUGAUGGCAAUUUGAAGGCAAAAGUGCGAGCAAGACUUUCAAAUCCUCAACCAAAAACUCAGGCUGUAAAAGGUGGAUUGUCUGGAGGAUUCCGAAUUAGCCGUGGUUCCAUGGGAAGGGGCUUUCCCCGAGGAGGGCAUACUUUUGGUAGAGCUAAUUUUCCGCGCGGUAGGGGCUUUCACCCGCGUGUACCUGGUCAUGGCGGUAGAAUGGGCUUUGCUGAACAUCAAUUUGGUAGCCCUUAUCCUCCUAUCCGUGGAAGGUCAAACUUUGGACGGGCAGGUGGGAGGUGGAAUUUCAGUGGUGCUCAGCCAGUAUCUGUUGAUGGUCCAAUGUUUCUUGAUAGAAUGAGGCACGGAGAUAGAGGGCAGGCAGAUGAUGCCUUCUUUAGGAGACAACAAUUUCCUGUUGAAGGACUUAACAGGCCAUUCAUGGGUAGGCACUUUGAGGACCGUUACUAUCAUGAUAACACUGACCAUGGGUUGAAGAGGCCCUUUCCUAUGACAGACCCGGAUCCGGAUUACUCGGGGCCGAGCAGACGUCCUCGGUUUGAUCAUUCAGAGUCUGCAAAUUCUCUUCACAGGGAUCGUUAUAGAGAUAAUUUUCCUCCCGGUGGCGAUCAUUACACACGUGAUUAUUACGGCUCUGAUUGUGGGAGAGGCCCGUAUCCAUCUUUCAAUGGAGGUGAUCGUCCAUUUGGGCGUGGUUAUGGACGUGGUUAUUAUUAGUCUUGAUGACCAUUUGGUGUCUUCAGAUGGUAGAAUGCACUUCUUGACAAGUGAAGGGAUUUUUCUGGUGCAGCACAAAAAAGGAAUGAGAAUCAGUUUAACCUCUUUCCCUUUCAUUUAAUGUUUGUCUCUGCUCUUCGUUUUUCCCUGUAAUGUCUCGCUUUCGGCUGUCCAAAGUUCCGUCUUUCGUAGUUUUUAUUGUGCCUGUUUUGAGGGCAUCCAUGCGGACAUAGUAUUAUGUCUGUUAGAUGGAGCUUGGAUAGUAAUGAGCUCCUGCUGCUCUAGGUAGAAGCAGUACUAGGGGGUAGUGGAUCUAUUAAGAUAAGGCAGCUUUCCUACAAGGGUUUAUUUUUGCUGGAAGAGUUAACAUGUGUUUAGACCUUUAUUGAACCUUUGAAAGAUUCAUAUUUGGGUGUCUUACUGUACUUAGUGGUCAAUAUUCACGUACAUAGAGAGGCAAAUUUGCAGACGUCUUUCAAAUUAAUGAUAUUGGGAUAUUACCUCAAUGGCAUUUGUGGAGAUUUUGUAUUUAGGUUCAUACAUCCAGCUCCAUUGUUAGGAAAGAUUCUUUUAAGGUAGACUCUUGUAUAACUCGUCAUGGAACAGUGAUAGUCAUGGGGAUAUUUCAGUUUUUGAAGAGAAGAAGAUUAGCAUUUGGUUUCAAUAUAGAACAAUAUUUGCGAAUUGCUAUGAUGUAUCGUCUUAGAAGGGAUUUACCUCAUCAUCUUGAUGCAUUAUGAGUGACUCGUCUACUAUCUUAAACUGUUUUGUGGGAUUGCCUUUGACUCCGUGUAUUCUCGUGGUUGCUUUUUAACAGACAUAUGAUGAGGUUAUAGCUAAUCUUACACUACUGAUGAAUCUGGUGUAUCUAGAUAGCAACCUAAGCUUUUAUACCAUAUGAUCAGGUUUCUCCAAGUUGAAACAAGUAUAAGAAUUACUUUGUAGCAUUUGGAUUAGUAUGAAAUUGCUUUUCUUUUUUCUGAUGGUGAAAAAGGGUGUAUUACCAUCAAUAUUAGGCCCUGAUGGUGGUCCUAUAGAAUUCUCUUUCUCUCUUUGGUAAACUGGAUGAAUCUCCCUGUUCAAGCUUGAUGAUGGAAACUCCUAGCUCCCAAGAUAAAGAAUUUCUGAGCUAUGCUUGGCUUUGUCAUUUCAAUGGUUGACAGCAACAAUUUAUGUAGCCUUAGGACACUAGCUAGAUAUGCCCAGCUUGGAAGCAUAUUAUUUUUUCUGUACGAUCUGUAAAUCCGCUUAGCAUUUUCCUUGUUAAUCAAUUGCGUGUUGGUUUAGUUAACAAAUGAUGAGAAAUGGGUGUGAGCUGGUGUUAACACUCAGAGAUAUGUGCUUUUGAGGUCCAUCGACCUUUUUUUUAAAUUUAAUUUUUAGUUUUUAGCUUUCUGGUUGAAAGUUAUAUAUCUAGGUUAAGAUUUGUCAUCUAUUUCAAAAUGAAGAAAAUUUCUGGUGACAUGAUGUGAGCCUUUGGAGUUAUUGAUGCUGGUCUCUCUAUUCCUCCACUCCUCUUUUUGUUUUGAUAAAUAUGAAGGGUUUCCAGUUGGGAAACCAUUCUGGUGAUGCGGUAAGCAUCAUGGUGGGUUCUAUAGUCCAGUAAAGCUAAGAAUUACUUCAUCUCUAUAGUGGAUAGAAAUUUAUGAGUUAUUUUAUAGUAGUAUAUGUUCUCAGUUGCAAUGAUAUAUAUGCUGCUUGUUACCCCACUACAUUAUAGCUGGUCUUUCAGCUACUAACAUGGGUAUGGCCAGCAACAUACUCACCUUUAGCUACAUAGGAGUAUAUCUUUUACUUGGUUGGGGUCUCUUUCUCAUUUGCAUGAUUAGUUUCAGAUGAUAUUGAUAGAUAUUGACUGUCAUUUUGAGUGAGGGUUAGCACAAGUGCUUUAGAUGACAUGCGUAGGCUGUGACGGUCUAGUUUUGUUCUUACCCCUCUUUGAGUGAGGGUUAGCACAAGUGCUUUAGAUGACAUGCGUAGGCUGACGGUCUAGUUUUGUUCUUAUCCCUCUUUGUUGUUUUUUAGAUGUGAUAUUUCCUAUUCCCGAACUAACACUCCCCUGUUCCUGUGGAAAUCCUUGUGCGGUGGUAGUGAUUUUUAGUUUUACGCUAUGUGGGAUUGCCUUCACUGUUUCCAUGAAAUGGCAGGUGAUUUUGCAAUUCAAUCCAAGUGGUCUGGUCUUGCAUCUUCUAUUUAUACUCUUUUAGGUUUUUGCAUACGUAGGAUAUAUUCAUUAGAUAAAGCAACAACUUAGGUUUUUUUAUUGGUUGUAAGUAAUUCUUUUCUGCAUUUUUGUAAUUCUAACGGCAUGUGGAUUAAAUUUUAGUACAAUGCUAAUGUGAGUGAAGAAACUGUAGGCAUCACAUUCAACUUGUUUCUGUGUUUUCUGUUACUUCAUAUUUGUGGGUUUCUUUUUAAAGAGAGAUGGAGAUGUUA